GGAGAACAGAUGUUGGCACGGCGCUUGACUGAGUGUGACUAUUUACCUAGGUAUCUCUCUAGUCGGCCUCCAGAAUCCCAUCCCGACGGAAGUCUCCGUGAGCCGCCACUCGAGCCCUCUGGAUGGUUCUGGGUGCUUUAUGUUCCGUCUCCGUUGACCUCAAUUCCCUACGGAACCUCAUCGAGUCAAGUGUUGUCGGCCACUGUACGCCCUUGUCAAGGCAUGCUCAAUGAUCCAUCUUGACAACGAUCAACUACCGAGCAGUCCGCCAAAGAAGCGAAAGCUCAAACAUCCUCGCACCGCACGAGCUUGUGCCUUUUGCAGAAGGCGCAAGGUCCGCUGUACGGGGACUCAGCCUUGCGACUACUGCCACAAUGAAGGGGUUCGAUGCGAGUACAACGAUGAACUCGCAAGAUCGGGUCCAGUGACCCCACGAAGGAGGAAUUCUCAGCCUCAGUCUCCCACAGCAGUCGUAAGCCAUUCUUCGACCAGAACACCCGGUCAUGCAGGAGGAGUAGUCCGUGCUGGAAGAUACGAUGCGUUGAAUGUACCUCCACCCUCGGUAUCUUUGGAUCCUCCCCAGACGUUCGCCCAGGGUCAGCACAUCGGCCCCUCUGCGGGUGUUUCGUUCCUCUACCACAUCUGGAAUCGAUCUGGUACGGUCGAGGAAGAGGUAUCCUUACCGACAGCACCGUUGACAUGUCAUGGCGACAUCCCCCAACCACCCAUCAACAGAAACCAACCCUUACCCACGCGAGAGGAAGCCAUCACUCUCGUCGAACGAUAUUUCCAGUUUGCCAUGCCCACAUACCGGUUCCUCCAUCGACCAACGACGGAAAGAUGGAUCUCUCAACUUCGCGACGGGGCUCAAUUGUCCAAGGCCGAGACAGCCUGUGCACUGAUAGUCUGCUCCCAGUCACUUGUUUAUACCACUGCGGGCGACAGAUACCAGAAUGGAGGGGACGAAGGGCUCAACCGAAGCAGAGCAUGUAUGUUUUGUCCCCCAGUCAUGAAUGCAUUCUCUUUAUUGACCACUUCUCCGGUGCAGACUUUGACAAGGCAAGAUCCCUGCUCAACCAAGAGCCUGGCCCAGCCACUCUUGUCAGCGUACAAGCACGCUUGGCGAUGUGUCUAUAUCUCAUGAGCACCUUUCGGAUCAAUGAAUGUCGCUUCUCUUUCAGUUUCGUCUGCACGAUCCUAACCUCGAUCGGACUCCAGCGGAAACCUCUCUCGCCCAACAAACUCGACCUGGUGACAUUGGAGUCUCGGAAGCGUACGUUCUGGUGCGCAUACGUCCUUGAUGGCUAUCUGAGUGCCAUGCUGGGCCAGCCGAGGAUUCUCCAUGACGGAGACAUCGACCAAGAGUAUCCUCGCAAUAUCGACGACAACGACUUGGUGCCUUCAGAAUCGCCCGACGAUCUUCCAUUGCACGGUAACCUGGAGGCCUUCAUUGCGCACGCUGAUUUGUCUAGGUUGAUGGGACGAAACAACCAACUCCUGUAUCCGCUUCAACCAUUGACGGAAGAUGAGGUUCUUGUGCGCACGUAUCAGAUGCUCGAUGCCCUCGACGCGUGGCGGGACUCGUUGCCCGAAUUCCUGAAGCCUCGCGACAAGACUCUGACGGGACAGAGGACGUUUGAGAGGCAAAACACCACGCUCAAAAUGGCUUAUGCUCACCUUCGCAUCCUGGUCACCCGGCGUUGUCUCCUGGCGGACUUUACCCGUCUCGGUCGGGGGCAACGCCGGGGAGGGCCGACCACCGAGGGCCACGGACAUCAUGGCGCGCUGAAGCCGAUCGAAGAAUGCAUCGCCUCGGUGUGGACGAUCCUCAACACGAUAGACGAGCUGAACAAAAAGGGCACCAUAUACCAGGGGUUUUGGUUCCAGCCUUACGUGGCGCUCGUGGCCAUCUCCACCUUGUACGUCUUCUUGAUCCAGAGGAGUCGGUCGCGGUACCUGGAGCAAGCCUUUGACCGUGUCGACGUGUACCUCGAAAAGGCGAGACGCUGUCAGGACUUUUUGGCCAAGCUGGCCCCCGAAGGUAGUCAGUCCAGACGGCACCAUGAAUUGUUGAUCCGGUUGAGGGAUCGAGCUGUGAAGGAUGCGACGACGACCGUCGCGAGUAAAAAGGGUGGUGUGACGACGACGGCGAAUGGUCAUGUCCACCAACAACUAGCAGUGGACACAACAACAAGAAGCACUGUUGUCGGUGAUGGCACAGAGGGGCCGGAGCAGCAGCACGUACCGGGCUCGGGGGGUCGUGAUCAUCAUCAAGCUGUGCGUAGCGGUGGUAUAAACGACUUGAUCCAUCCGCCGCCGACAAUGCCUGAGGAGGGUUCACGAGUUUCUAAAGAUGCGAAUGCGGAUGACAAUGGUAUUAGUGGGUAUGAACAAGGAAGAGGAGAAGGAGACGACAUGGAGGUUAUGAUCGGCCAGUUCAACACCACCCCGUCUGGAGGAGUUGACGACUUUAUGUUUCACGAUUUGAACGGAUGGGGCUGGGAGAGCCUCGACACGGUUGGGUUCCUUGGUGGUGAUGUAGACUCGUUUAGUUUCUAAGAUUCCUCCUGUUCCUGGCCCUAGGUCUAAUAGCU